UAUGCGCUGAGACGGUACGAGUCGGCGUAUAGGAAGGUACGUGCGCGUAUCUGCGGAUACAAGUUGACACUUUUUCCGGAGGAUGAUGAAUUCUUCGAAAAGAUGGGAGGGAGGCUGCGGUGGCUUUCUAGGAAGGCUGUACGGUAUCUGUGCCUCGACCCCAACGACAACGACGACGAGGAAGAGGAGGAAGGAGAAGAAGAGGACGAAGAAGAAGAAGAAGAAGAGGAGGAGGAGGGGGAGGACGAUGACAGAACGGGAAUUUAUGAGGAUAAUCGUCUGGUGGCCACCUUGCGGAGGAAGCUCUACAUUCUUGAGCAAACUUCUCUCGGGGAGGAUGAUGUCUUGCUUCUUCGCUGUCGUCGUCAAGCGAUGGAUACCUCGAAGAAUAUUCGACUGGCCAUCCUUCAUCUUUUGACGAAGGCUAAAGACUACCAGAUCAAGGUAGUCUGUGACCUCCCAGAUUACCAUGUUAUCCCGAUGGCAAUGUGGUUCACUAAGUCAUGGGGAGUCUUUGAUAAUCGAGCUCCCGGUUGUGAUUUCGACAAAGGCCCGUUUUAUUAUACGAAGCACUUCGUGGAAAUUCGCGACCUUCUUGACAUCUUCGGCUUCGUGGUCAAUGUCAAGGAGUCUGUGACUGACUACAGAGUUGAUGAGGUAGAAGAGGGCCUGGGCGAGUUUAUCCGCAAUGCGGAGGGGCACAAACGACUGAUGGCGGAGUUUUUGGAGCCAUUCGAGACGUUGUGGGCCGAGGGAGUGAAGGACAUCAAAUCUUCGCGAUAUGGACGAAUGCCCAAGCUCGGAGCCGUUGUGGAAAGUCGUCUAGCACGCCUUCGUCUAGCACAUUAGUACAGUUAUGAUUAUAGAGGUACAUACUUGGGGAAGGGUUAAGGGAGAGAUGUAGCAAUAUAUAUGCGCUACGAUAUAGCAGAAUCAUCGAUGAGUUAGUCUGGGAAUGGAAAAGCCAAGGGUUCUGGGUAUUUACAUCUGGAAAUAUUAUGUUGUAACUCGUUUCUUGUCGAGCUCUGAGAUCUCUUGUCGCAGGUUAACCUUACCUUUACCCCUGUACCUAUCCUUCAGGCAAAGCACAGGAUGUAAACCGGUUAGGAAGUACAAAUAUGCAAAGCAUUUCCCGUCAUAGUCACUCUACAAGGUGCUGACCGUAACCUUCCCAGAGCCUUCCG